AUGCUAACAUGUAACAUGGACGUCUGGUCCUGUGAGACGACAACGCCCGACCUCAUGUCUGUACAUCAUGUGGGAACUCUUUCAACCGCAGGUGUGUGCGAGCUUAAGGUAUACCUAGUAUGUUUAGCGAACUCACCUUUGAAAUUCAGCGAUGCACUACGCCGCCAUGAGAGGACUUGCAAGUCUCGUGGCUCCUUCAGGGCUGAGGGCCACUCUGAACACCAAGUAUAUGUCAAUCCAGAUGAGAUACACCAGCCCAAACGAAUGUGUUUUGCAAUAGAAACACAUGGAAAUGCAGUAUCACCAAUCGUGGAUGAUCCCCAGGUCCUUGGCUCUGUCCUAUCUCCCUUUGAACUCUCAACAGUCCCUAGUGACCUUUCUUUAGAAAAGGAAAGCAAAGUUGCCAACAUAUCAUCUGAGCCACAUCUACAUAAUGAACACAGUCUAUCAUAUCAUCCAAAUGACAACCUCUCUUUUUCAGAGCCAUUCCUUGACCCGACGCACGAUUUAUUGCAAAACAUGCCCUCACCUCUCGACUUCUCGACUUUGGAUCUUCUCUUCUCCUCCCAGAUAACUUCAGAUAUUAUUCAAGCUGAGAGGCUAGAGUAUCUUGCAUAUUUCACCAGUUCAAUGGGAAUGUCCACAUUCACGGACCGCGAAUCGUUCCGUUGGAGACAGAAAUUGGUUGCAGAUGCUUAUGAGGACAAAAUUACCUCAAAUGGGAGACAAGUCUCCAAAACAAACCAAAAAAUACCCCCGAUAAUGGUGUCUGAUCCUUUAGCCCCCAAGUCCCUGGAGCUGAUGCGAAGCCUACGAAAUAUCAUUUGCAAUAAAAGAAACAACGACGUGAUCAUAUUUGACUGGUCAUCUGAAACCCAUGACCAGUGCCAGAUAUUCUUCUCAACGCCAAAUAUCCGUCGUUUCCUAGAAUACUUCUGGUCUCUCUGGUAUCCGAAUUGCCCUAUUAUCCACAAGCCUCUUUUCAAUACUCACACCGCGACACCUGGGUUGCUAUCUGUGAUGACAGUUAUUGGUGCAUGUCUAUCUCCCUACCAAGAGGACAGCAAGUCGGCUAGAAAGUGGCUUGAUAGCAUUGAAGAGCUUAUCUUCUCGCAUGAGUGCUUCCGGGAUAAUCCUCCACCCAGAAGUAAUGACUCGAAGUGGAAGAAGGAGCGACUACAGAGUAUACAGGCUGGAUAUCUAGUCUGCUCGCUACAGAAGCGAGAAGGUCCCGGGGAGGCGCAGGCCAGGAUUAGACGGUAUCGCCAUGCGUCGAUGGUGACUCUUGCAAGACAUGUUGGAAUUGGGAAUGCCUCCCAUAGACACCUGAAAGUCCAUGAUAGAUCGCAAGCGUGGUGGCAACAAUUUGCGGAAGAGGAGGAAAUGAUGAGGUAUGGGCAAUACGACCUUUUACUGCAGAUCAAGCAAUGGGAUAUUAAUUAUACCAGAACAAUUAUAUUCGUCUUCCUCAUCGAUGCAGCACUUGUCAUAUUCCACAACUCACCACCUCGAUUAAUGGUCUCCGAACUGAAGAUGGAUGUCUCUUGCCCCGAGGCAUGUUUCCAGGCCGAGUCAGCAACCGAAUGCCUGUCACAUUUCGAACAAUGGACCAAGACUCGGUUCUGGCGAAACAGACUAUCAAUCGUAUCAGUUGUGCGGCAGAUUUGUCAGGCUGAAAUCGAUGAAGACUUGGUUCAAGAUUUCUCUAAAAUUGGGACUUUGAAUCUAUUCACAAUGGUUCAAGCAAUCCAUUCUCUCAUGUUCCACCUACAGAACUCUCUCAUUUUUGAAACAACCUUGGCCCCGGUGCAGACAGGUCUUGAAAACUGGAGACGAAUCUGGGAUAAAAGAAUACCAGAAGACAUCGAUAUUCCCGAGACACCCGAAACUAUAUGGAAACUCGUUGGUUUUCUCCGCCACGCAUCGGAAUUCUGGCAUUUGGCGCGUAUCAAAUCCGCCAAGAUCAUCUCGGCAGUGGACGAUGACCAGACCGAAAUUGAAGAUACACAUGAGGCAUCAAGAUAUGACCACACAGAUAUGGGAGAUGUCAAUGGAUUGAUCAUGGAGUAUCGAAGAAUGAAUUUGGGGAUGGUUUGA